AUGACCCGGGUCUUGGCAGGCCCAUACUCGACGCAAAUUCUCGGUGACUUGGGCGCUGAGGUUAUUAAGAUAGAACACCCCGUCCGCGGCGAUGACACCAGGGCCUGGGGCCCCCCAUAUGCUCCCUACACUGCCGAGUCCAAGCACGAGGGUCCUGGAGAGUCGGCGUAUUUCCUGACGGUGAACCGCAAUAAGAAGUCGCUAGCGCUGUCAUACCAGGACCCCGCGGGCAUAGAUAUCCUCCACAAGCUCAUCCCCAAAUGCGACAUCCUGGUGGAGAACUACCUGCCGGGCACACUCAAGAAGUACUCGCUGGACUACGAGACGGCGUCCAGGCUGAACCCAGGGCUCAUCUACGCCUCCAUCACCGGCUACGGCCAGACAGGGCCGUACGCGAACCGGGGAGGGUACGACGUCAUGGUCGAGGCCGAGUUCGGGCUCAUGCACAUCACGGGCACGCGCGACGGGCCGCCCGUCAAGGUGGGCGUGGCCGUCACGGACCUGACCACAGGCCUGUACACGAGCAACAGCAUCAUGGCCGCCCUGCUGGCCAGAGGUCGCACCGGCCGGGGCCAGCACAUCGACGUCGCCCUCAGCGACUGCCAGACGGCCACGCUGGCCAACAUUGCCAGCAGCUGCCUGAUCAGCGGCCAGAAGGACGCGGGCCGCUGGGGGACUGCGCACCCAUCCAUCGUGCCCUACCGCUCCUUCAAGACCAGCGACGGCGACGUGAUCCUAGGCGGCGGCAACGACGCGCUCUUCGGCAAGCUGUGCGACGGCAUCGGGCGGCCCGAGUGGAAGGCGGACCCGCGGUACGCCACCAACGCGUCGCGGGUGGCGCACCGCGACGAGCUCGAGGCGCGCAUCGAGGCCGUGACGGCCACGAUGCCCACGCGGCACUGGCUCGACGCCUUCGCCGGCAGCGGCAUGCCCUAUGCGGCCGUCAACGACGUCCAGGCGGCCCUGCGCCACGAGCACACGCGCGCCCGGGGCAUGGUGGUCGAGGUCGACCACCCGGCCUGCGGGCCCGUCGAGUUGGUCAACACGCCCGUCAAGUACUCGGAGAGCAGGCCGGGCGUGCGCAGCGCGCCGCCCACGCUGGGCCAGCACACGGAUGAGGUGCUGCGUGACGUCUUGGGAUUCGACGACAGCUACAUUGGCGAGCUGAGGGGAAAGGGCGUUGUGCGGUGA